AUGGCUUCUCUUCUCAACGGCAGGCUAUCUUCCUUACACCCCCAACACAGCCGUGAACCCCCCUUCUCCAAAUUCCCCCACCACCCCAACCACUUCCCAAUCCCCAAAACCCCCAAAUCCAAACCCCUCAAGAUCCGCGCCGAUGUCAGCUACGAACCCCGCAACACCUCCUCCGAUGACAAAAUCCGCGAAAUCCUCCGCAACCACGACUACGACACAAAAUUCGGCUUCAACAUCGACAUCGAUUCCUUCACCAUCCCAAAAGGACUUUCCCACGAAACAAUUAGGUCAAUCUCAACCCUUAAAUCAGAACCAGAUUGGAUGCUUAAUUUCCGUCUCAACGCCUUCGAGAAAUUCUCCAAAAUGAAAGAACCCAAUUGGUCAGACAACACUUAUCCAUCCAUCAAUUUCCAAGAUAUUUGUUAUUAUUCCGCUCCAAAGAAGAAACCCUCUCUUAACAGCUUAGAAGAAGCCGAUCCCGAGCUUCUCAGGUACUUCGAUAAACUCGGUGUUCCGUUAAACGAACAGAAUCGCUUAGCGAAUGUCGUCGUGGACGCGGUUCUUGAUAGUGUUUCGAUUGCAACUACUCAUAGGAAGACACUUGAGAAAGCUGGGGUUAUUUUUUGUCCGAUUUCCGAGGCCAUUCGAGAGUAUCCUGAUUUGGUUAAGAAGUAUUUAGGUAGAGUUGUUCCUAGUGAGGAUAACUAUUACGCCGCGUUGAAUACCGCUGUUUUUAGCGAUGGAUCCUUUUGUUAUAUUCCCAAGGAUACUAAGUGUCCCAUGCAGAUUUUGACUUAUUUUAGGAUUAACGCAUUGGAGACGGGGCAAUUUGAGAGGGCGUUGAUUGUUGCGGGGGAUAGAAGCUCCGUGGAGUAUUUGGAAGGAUGUACUGCGCCUUCGUAUGAUAAGAAUCAGCUUCAUGCCCACUGUCCGCAUAUGCCAUUUCCGUUCAGUUCCCUUACGACCACCACCAAAACCGCAACUCUCCCUCCCGGCCCACUCCACAUCCCCACCCUCACAAGCCUCCUAUGGCUCCAAAAAUCCUUCUCCCAACUCGAACCUUUUCUCAAAACCCUUCACACCAAACACGGUCCCAUCAUCGCUCUCAGAAUCGGUUCUCGACCUUCCGUUUUCAUCGCCGACCAUUCUCUCGCUCACCACACUCUCGUUCAUAACUCGUCAAUCUUCUCCGACCGCCCUAAAGCACUUCCCACCGGAAAGCUCAUGUCCAGCAACCAGCACAAUAUCAGUUCCGUUUCUUAUGGUGCCACGUGGAGAACCCUCCGUCGUAACCUGGCCUCCGAGAUGCUCCAUCCGGCGAAAGUCAAAUCUUUCUCAGAAAUCCAGAACUGGGUCCUUGACACUCUCAUCAACCGUCUCAAAACGGCUUCGGAGUCUGAAUUCUUUAUGGCUGUUCCCCACUUUCAUUAUGCAAUGUUCUGUUUACUUGUUUUUAUGUGUUUUGGUGAAAGAGUUAGCGAUGAGAAAGCAUAUUCAACUGUUAGAACUCUUGACUACAUGGCUCCUGAAGUUUUGCUCAAGAAGGGGUAUGUAAUAGAGUGUGAUUGGUGGUCUCUUGGGGCAAUCAUGUAUGAGAUGCUUGUUGGAUAUCCUCCAUUCUAUUCUGAUGAUCCAAGGAUGACCUGCCGGAAGAUUGUGAAUUGGAAAGCAUGCCUGAAAUUCCCCGAAGAACCCAAGAUAUCAGCUGAAGCUAGGGAUCUCAUAUGUAGCUUAUUAUGUGAUGUUGACACAAGACUAGGAACAAGGGGAGUAGACGAAAUAAAGAUACUAGAUCUUCUAAAGUACGUGCUUUGGUUUCCACAACCAGCUGAAGCUAUAAGCCAAGAUCUGCAUGCAAAGAUGGUGAAUGAAACAGAAAAAGAUGGUUUUGGAAGGUGUAGAAGUAGCGGUCAUCAGCAUGCUUUUACAUACAGGUUUUCAAGUUGUGAAAUGGUUUUUAGCUAA